AUAAAUUAGAGUCUCGCCAUUCCGGGAGAAGUGGGUCCUUUGGUUUUGGCAAACCAAAUUACUCAUCAUUCCGGGAAUCAGCCUUUCAAAAGUCAUUUCAACUGUUUGUCCUAAUCUUCUUACACUUUGAGAUUACCAUUCCAACUGAUCAAUCGAAAUUAUCAUGUGGCGAACCAUCCAUGUUUGGUGGUCUUGUGUUCUUGGUCCAUCUCUCUAUAGUGUUCCACUAAUUGCAACAUUUCAAUCGAUGGAAUAUAAUCCCAAUUUUUUGGAAUCGGCAUCUAACUGUGCUAUAAAAAUGCUUCAAAUAACGGCAGGAGUGAUUAAAUGGACUGCUCUUUUUUGGAGUCCCUGGGCAUUUAGAAAUCUGAAAUUAUAUGAUGAUUUUUUCGAAUUCUCUAGAUUAGUUGCUGUUACACUUACUAUAUAUUUUUCGGCCCUUUUACUUAGAGGAACUGGAAGGUUUUGUAAUCAUACUUAUCAGGAGUUUAUGGCUUUAUUUUUGGAAUCUAAGGAGACGAUCAAUGAGGAGACGGUGAAUAAACUAAUGCUCUACACUUUUAGUUCUCCGUGGCCUGUUCAUUUUGAUGUCCGGCAGUUACCUAGUAUCUCCGUAAAACCAAAAAAGAUCACUCCUAAACGCAUAUCAGAUGUAUCCACAUUAUUUAUGCCAUUGGUUUGGAUUAUAGCUCACACUAUUGGUAUCCGUAUGACAUAUGUCGGAUGUACAUGGAUUUUAAAUUCUCUUACAUUUAAAGCUCGAUUAGAUGCUCGAAGUAGAUUACAAAUGAAGUAUAAUAUUCAACGAGUCGGACUAUCAACUAGAGAAGGGGAAUUCGUUGAAGCAUUUUAUGCUGAUCGUCGAAUCAAGUCAAGUUCAAAAUCUAUUUCACCUGAACAAGAUGAUUUGAAUGGAGAGAUUUUAGUACUCUGUUGUGAAGGUAAUGGUGGAUAUCCUGAGAUUGGAACUCCUUGGGUUCCACUUGAACGAGGUUAUUCAGUUUUAGGAUGGAAUCAUCCUGGUUUCGGAGAAAGCACGGGGUUACCAUUCCCGGAAAAGGAACAGAAUGCUGUUGAAGCAUGCUUUUUAUUUGCUGUACAUCGAUUACAUUUUCAGCCUAAUCAAAUAUUCGUACUUGGGUGGUCGAUUGGUGGUUAUACAGCAUCUUGGAUAGCAAUGAACUAUCCUGAUAUAGCUGGUUUGGUUUUGGACGCUACUUUCGAUAAUAUAGAUGAACUGUCAAGACGAGUUGCACCAUCUAUAUUUGACCCGGUUUUGGAAUCUGUCGUUAAAAUGUAUCUGGAUUUAAACAAUUUAUCCCAUGUGAUUAAUUACGAUGGUCCAGUGCUUAUUAUUCGCCGCAGUGAUGAUGAAGUUAUCAGCACUGGGGACGAUCAUUCACGUGCAACUAACAGAGGCAAUCACUUACUGAUUGGUUUAUUGAAGCAUCGUAUUAAAUAAAAAUACGAUUUUUUAGUUCGAUUGAAUGGGUACAUGAUCAAUGGCUUCCAAAUAACUUUUCUUGACAUAAGAAAAUGACGAAGUCAUUUCUGAUCAAAUUUUAAUUGAUCGUCAUAGUAAGACUAAAUACUGGUUUGCAGUAAGUUUUGUUUAUCAGCUGUUAUUCGAGCUUUGUAUGUUUCAAUAUCUGACUAAACAUUUCUACUGUCCAUAAACUUAAAUAGAAACAUGAAAAAUGAGAAAAGGUGUGUAUUUCUUCUGCUAGUUAGGAAUUAUUGUCGCUAAAUAUUUUCCUCGUUACUGAUUAAAUUACGAAAAAGUAACAAAUUUGUGUGAUUCAGUAUAUUUCUCAUUUAAUAAUUACUUAGAAUCGAAAGCAAUAUUUCUUUGUUAUUGAACUUACACCAUGUAUUUUAAAUUUUACUUAAUAAUCGUAGAAGAUAAUAUCAAUGUUAUUUGUGAAAUCAGUAAGUGAUAUCAAUUUGUCGGAAAGAUAAGUAGAUGGGUAUGGUUAUGUAAAAUAACUUAAUGGCUGAAUUAUCCUAAGUUCCACAUUGAAUCUUUCAAGAAGUAACUACACUGAAAAUAAUGACGAUUUUAUAAAUUAUGUCCUAAUCACAGUUAUUUGCGAGGUAUUACUUAGUCAUUUACAGACCCUUACAAUAAAAUAGUAAUUCAGUUAUUGUAAACUAUCAAGCAGACGAUUUCUGCUUCAGAUCGUUUUAACUUAUUCUGCCUCAUCCAAUUUUUCAUAUAUUCAUUAUAAAAAAAACACAAAAGUUAUGAAUGAGUUGAUGAAAAAUGAUAGAGUAGUCCCAUUAAGACUUGUUAAAUGUUCCAUAAUAGUUUUCUUAAAUAAACAAUACUACCUCUCAAAAAUUUGAUAGUUAUUAUAUAAUAAUGAUUACUUCACUAUAGAAGAACAGAACAAACAUAUGAUAUUGUACUAAGAAAAAGAUUAAUCAGCAUCUGAACUGGCUAAUGAAAGAGAAAUCAUAUAUGAGAACAGCGCAUUUAAAUAAAUAUAAACAUUAUUCUUAUUAAGGAAACUGAUACUAACUUAGCUGUUGAGAGCUUGAAUAUUCAUCGUGGAAAUAUAUAAGGAAUUGUACUUGGAAAGGGAAUGCUCAGCGUGAUAAGAUUUUGAAAUUAAAAUGAGCUGUAAUCAGGAGAAUCAUAGAAACAAAAACAAAUCAAUUUGCAGGUAAAAGGUCAAUAGUGAAGAUAGAACUGAAUUCUUUUGCAUAAAGCAAGCGUCGAACGACCUAUAUACCUCACUCUACUUGAAAAGGUAAAUUGUUAAAUGUACAUGGAAUUGGUCAAAUAAGAGUUUUGUUAAAUUGUUACUGAAUAUUGGUCAGCUUGAUGACAAUAACAGCAAGGUUAAGCGAAGAACGUUCUAUUGAGAGAGUAGGAAAUUCUGCUUUUCAUGAUGCUUGCUGUUAAAUCACCUUUGAAAUUAACGUUCAUAUAAAGAAUUUUCCUUGAUGUAGAGACUAUUUGUACUUAAGGAGGUUUGAGUUUUAUUUUCUCAUCAAUUACCGAUGGAUACCUGUUUUUGAUAAGUAUCUUCGGGAGGUUCAUUUCGUUCUCUGUAAGAUUAGAACAAUAAAUUCUUAGUAUUUGUGUAUCGAGCGGUAUAAUUAAAUUACGCAUCCAACUAAUGAGGACUCAGCUGUGAUGUGGGGCUUUUUUUCCGAAUGUCCUACUAGAAGAGGCCGUUGAUACUAAAUACGGUGACGAUGACGGUGUUGAUUUUCCGAUAAGAAACCAAAAGUAUUACUGCUGUUAUGCAUAAAAAUAUGGGUAUUUCCAACUAUCAUGGACAAGCUGAUGGUUCAUGUAUUUCUUAGGCUGGACUAAUUUUAUACAAG